AUGCUUUAUCGCUCCGACAACAGACGUGGCGUCGAUCCAGUCAAUGGGUUCGACAAGCUGAACCCAACUACACAAUCGUACGUUGAAGAGGUCUUCUGUACUAUUUUACAGAUCAAGCCUGGAAACGAGCCUGGAGACUCAUAUAUGCAACUGGCAUGGGCUCUUCAUUGCCUUGGUGUAGGCCUUUUCGAGUACAAUCCUAAAGCGCGCACCACACCAGAGAUGUUGAUAGCCCAAAGGGUUCAUGAGCAGACGAAAAAGGCAAAAGUUUUCAUCUCUUACGACGACAGCGACUUCAAUUUAUCACACCUUACUGAAGUAGCGUCUCGUCGCGUUUGGGGUAUGGAUGAUUUGAAGACCAUCGCGGCGGAAUGGAUGAGCGGCAAGGACGAAGAGAAGUUAUUGAAGCCGGGAAGACAACUCCUGGCAAUCUGCAAAGCGGAAUAUGAGGACUUAAAAGAAAGAAAGGCGGACGCCAGUACGAGACAGCUUGGCAAAAUGGAAGAACCAGACGAGAGAAUGGCGCCUACUUACCGCACAUUCUCGGAAAACUACAGAGUUCAGUGUUUCAAACCAAAAGCACGAAAAUCUGCAAACGAAGAGUGCCAGCUGGCGGCGAAAACAUGCCUGUCAAAAAGCACACAUGUUAACAAGGUUGAUGGCCGGGUUGGACGGUGCAGAACCAGCUCCAAGCACCCAUCAUGUGAAAUCUGCUCCGAUAACAGUCCGGGAGUGGAGGGGCAACGUUGUCGGGGGUCGAAAGAACACUUCUACUGCUUGGAGUGUCUACAAAACCUGGCUCAGAGUACAUUCGACAGCGGCGAAACCACGAUUCGAUGCCAGAUAAGCUGGGAAGAAUGUUCUGCUCCUUUUCUUGCUAGCCAGUUCCAGUUUCUGGAGUCGCAAUUUGAGGACCCUCGUAUGAGGUUACUUUUCGAACAAAUUUCCCGCGACGAAAGUCGACGCGCUGUCGAGCUGGUGACCGAAGAUGAUGCCAGAUGUCCUUUAUGCGACUGGCCAGAGCAGUACCCUGAUUUUGAAGAAGAACCUAUAUUCUUCUGUCGAAACCCCGACUGCGGCUCAGCGACUUGCAGACGCUGCUCACGUCAAGCGCAGCCUGGACAUGAAUGCAAGGAGACUACAGUCAUGUCUCUUUCAGAAUCCAAAGAAAAAGUCUUUGACUUGUUUUGCGAAGGUCUCUCGAUGGCUGUCAUACGCAAGUGCAACUAUAUUUGCCACCAAAGUCUUGGAGGUGCGACGGAUGAUAACGCAUACGGCCAUUUCACCACCAGCGGUGAAGAAGGAAAAUGCCCUCUCUACAGAAACACAACCUUGUUGCAUUUGGAAAACAGACAUACAUCACUGGAAAAGAUUGCAGUCACGAUCAGCACAGAUUUUCCAGAUCUGGCGCCCCUGGUGCAGGAAUGUCUCGACAAGCACCGGAAGGAACUCCAAACAGAAUUUGACAGCCUGUCAAAAAUGAAAAACAAAGGCGUGAGUUUUCCAGCGAUGUUUUGA